UAGGAGGGGACAGUAACAUACCAAGAUGGGACCCAGAGCUUCUAGCUCCUUUUCUGCUCUUCCUAGUACAGGGAGCUAUCGGCAUGUGGCUGGACACUUGCACACUCAGCCAGCUCUGGUAACAGUCUUGCCUUGUUCAAGGAAAUGCAGCAGGGGCCUUGACUUGGUUAGGCUUCAGGGGAGUGGGGCUCUCUGCCCACCUUGCUCCUCCGCCAGCCAUGUAAUCCCCGGCUGUGGAUCGUGUGACCUGCCUGGCAUUCUCUUGCUUGGAAUCUGGCACUUCUGACAGCAGUUGCUAUAUUGGGGGGAGCUAGGCACCGCCCUGGACACUCUAGGUGCCCACCCUCACCCUCUGCUUUGCUCUUCUUAGCUUCAAGGCAGAGUCACAGUGGCAGCUUUAAGAGUGGGACACUCAGCUUCCUGUAGUGAUAUCUAGGCCCUAGCUCUAAAUCUGCCACCAUUCCGUGCUGCGGGGACACCAUGGCUCCGGAAGAGGAUGCUGGAGGGGAAGCCUUAGGGGGCAGUUUCUGGGAGGCUGGCAAUUAUAGGCGGACAGUGCAGCGGGUGGAGGAUGGGCACCGGCUGUGCGGGGACCUGGUUAGCUGCUUCCAGGAACGUGCUCGCAUUGAGAAGGCCUAUGCCCAGCAGCUAGCUGACUGGGCCCGCAAGUGGAGGGGCACCGUGGAAAAGGGCCCCCAGUACGGCACACUGGAGAAGGCCUGGCAUGCCUUUUUCACUGCGGCGGAGCGCCUGAGCUCGCUGCACUUGGAGGUGCGGGAGAAGCUGCAGGGGCAGGACAGCGAGCAGGUGCGCAGCUGGCAGCGUGGGGCUUUCCACCGCCCAGUGCUGGGCGGCUUCCGUGAGAGCCGGGCUGCUGAGGACGGCUUCCGCAAGGCCCAGAAGCCCUGGCUGAAGAGGCUGAAGGAGGUUGAGGCUUCUAAGAAGAGCUACCAUGCAUCCCGGAAGGAUGAGAAGACAGCCCAGACUCGGGAGAGCCACGCAAAGGCAGACAAUGCCAUCUCCCAGGAGCAGCUGCGCAAACUACAGGAGCGGGUAGAACGCUGUGCCAAGGAGGCCGAGAAGACAAAAACUCAGUAUGAGCAGACACUGGCAGAGCUGCAUCGCUACACCCCACGCUACAUGGAGGACAUGGAACAGGCCUUUGAGACCUGCCAGGCUGCUGAGCGCCAGAGGCUUCUUUUCUUCAAGGAUAUGCUGCUCACCUUACAUCAACACCUUGACCUCUCCAGCAGUGAGAAGUUCCAUGACCUCCACAAAGACCUACACCAGAGCAUUGAGGCAGCCAGUGAUGAAGAGGAUCUGCGCUGGUGGCGCAGCACCCAUGGGCCCGGCAUGGCCAUGAAUUGGCCACAGUUUGAGGAGUGGUCCUUGGACACACACAGGACAAUUAGCCGGAAAGAGAAGGGUGGCCGGAGCCCUGAUGAGGUUACCCUGACCAGCAUUGUGCCCACAAGAGAUGGCACUGCACCCCCACCCCAGUCUCCGGGGUCCUCAGGCAGGGGGCAGGAUGAAGAGUGGUCAGAUGAGGAGAGUCCCCGAAAGGCUACUACUGGUGUCCGGGUUCGGGCACUCUAUGACUAUGCUGGCCAGGAAGCUGAUGAGCUGAGCUUCCGAGCAGGGGAGGAGCUGCUGAAGAUGAGUGAGGAGGAUGAGCAGGGCUGGUGCCAGGGCCAGUUGCAGAGCGGCCGCGUUGGCCUGUACCCUGCCAAUUACGUGGAGUGUGUGGGCGCCUGAGUAUCCUGACAGCCCCUGUACAACGUUUCUCCAUCCUGGGUCAGAACCCAGCUUCUCCUGGACAGCCGGACCUGAGGGCCCUGAACAAUUGUGCCCCUCUGUACCCUGAGGAGGAAGAAGUCCUGGGACCCAGGGGAGGGGAGGGGCCUGUGUCUAGGAAGCCACUGGUAGGGAAGGGCCAACUGAGUCUAGGCUGAGGGAGAGGGAGGUUGGAGGUGACAGGAGGGUUCAGGGUUGCCUGGGCCUAGGAGAACUUGGGUCUCCCCAGGAGUUGUGGAUUCAGUUCCGUUCCUGGCCUCUGUUUUGGGGUCCUGGAGUGGUUGUAGUUCUCAGCUAGCAGCACCCUCUUUUGUGGCUUGUUUUAGUGUGUAUUAAACAUGACAAAACAAACACAC